AAUUACAAUAACAAGUAUUGCGGCGCGAGUCUAGCCGAGAAUCUCUAACAUUUUGUCUCAUAAACGUACAAGAAAAAACGGACAACAUGGACCAACAGAAUCUGGUUCAGAUUCUGCAGGGUUCUAUUCAUCCAGACACCCGAGAAGAAGCCGAAAAACAGCUUGGUGAGGUCCACAAGAUCAUCCACUUUUCGCCCACCCUCCUGCGGGUGGUCAUGGAUGAGGGGAUUCUGUUCCCUGUCCGGCAGGCAGGCGUCAUCUAUCUCAAGAACAUGGUCAACCAAUUCUGGAACCUGCGAGAGCCCGACAGCCCCCUGGAGCCCAUCCCCUUCAGCAUCCAUGAGGACGACAAGGUGGUGGUCAGGAGCAACAUUAUCCAGGCCAUUAUCGUCACGCCCGAUCUCAUCAGGGUGCAGUUGGCAGUGUGCUUGAGCACCAUCCUCAGGCAUGACUAUCCUGGCCGAUGGGACAGCAUCCUGGACACCAUGUACAACUUUCUCAGUGUCGAUGACCCCAGUACCCUGUACGGUGCCCUCAUUGCCGUCCACCAGUUGGUCAAGAAUUACGAGUACAAGAAGCCUGACGAACGGGAGCCGCUCCACUUGGCCAUGAUCCGUCUGUUACCCCUGGUCCAGCACCGCUGUGUCCAGCUCCUGCCCGACGUCUCGGACCAGUCGCUGCUGAUGCAGAAGCAGAUCCUCAAGAUUGUCUACGCCAUGAUCCAGUACAACCUUCCGUUGGACCUUGUUAACAGGGACAUCUUCAAAUUUGGCGAGUGGAUGCAGAUUAUUCAGACAAUAGUCAGCAGGCCCAUUCCUGAGUCCACACUGCAAGUUGACAUCGACGACAGGCCGGAGCUGCCGUGCUGGAAGGUCAAGAAGUGGGCCAUACACUUCCUGUCCAGAGUCUUUGAAAGAUACGGCAGUCCUGGUAGUGUGAUCAAGGAUUAUGUCAAAUUCUCCGACUGGUAUCUCAAGACGUUCUCGGCAACAACGUUGAAAGUCUUGCUGGGCAUCCUGGAGCAGUACAGCCAGAAAGUGUACAUCGCACCACGAGUCACCCAGCUGACCUUGAGCUACAUCAACACUGGAGUGAGUCAUGCUUUCUCAUGGACUUUCAUCAAACCACACAUUCAGCCCAUCAUUCAAGAGGUUCUGUUCCCCCUGAUGUGCUACACGGAUGAAGAUGAUGAGCUGUGGAACGAAGACCCAUAUGAGUACAUCCGGAUCAAGUUUGAUGCCUUUGAAGAUUUCAUCUCUCCCGUUGCUGCCGCUCAGACCGUGCUGCGAUCCUGCGCCAAGAAGAGAAAGCAGGUCCUGCAGAAGGCCAUGGGGUUCUGCAUGCAGAUCAUGACCACGCCGGGCGUGGAGGCCCGGAAGAAAGACGGCGUGAUGCACAUGGUGGGCACCAUCGCCGACAUCCUGCUCAAGAAGAAGAUGUACAAAGACCGUAUGGAGCAGGUCCUGGUCACCAACAUCUUCCCAGAAUUCAACAGCGAGCUGGGCCACAUGAGAGCAAGGGCCAACUACGUGCUGCAUCAAUUCUGCGAAGCGAAAUUCAAGAACGAACGCAACCUGAUGACGGCCUUGGACCUGACCCGCAACAGCCUUAUCCACGACAAAGAAAUGCCUGUCAAGGUGGAGGCAGCCAUUGCUCUGCAAGAGCUGAUUACCAGCCAUGAAGAGAAGGCAAAGCAUUAUGUCCAACCCUACAUCAAGGAUAUUCUUGAAGCCCUGCUGUACGUGAUCAGAAAAACGGAGAACGACGACCUGACCGAAGUCAUGCAGAGACUCAUCACCACCUACGGCGAUGAUAUCAUACCGAUCGCCAUCGAUAUCACUCAGCAUUUGGCGACCACAUUCUCCCAGGUGAUUGAUUCGGAGGAGAGUGUUGACGACCGUGCAGCCACGGCCAUGGGGAUUCUGAACACUAUCGAGACUAUCCUGAAUGUUGUUGAAGAAAAACAAGAGAUUGUGUUACAGCUAGAAGGUAUAGUUCUUAAUGUUGUCGCGGUCGUCUUACAGAACAACGUACUAGAUUUUUACGAGGAGGUCAUGUCACUCAUCUUCAGCAUGACCUGCACCCACAUAUCACCCCCCCUCUGGCAAGUCUUUGAGAUGCUCUACAGCACGUUUGAGACGGAUGGCUACGACUACUUUGUGGAAAUGAUGCCAGCACUGCACAACUAUGUUACAACAGAUCCUCCUGCCUUCCUGUCAAAUUCCAGACACCUUGAGAUCGUCUACAACAUGUGCAAAAAGGUACUGGAAGAAGAGCCAGGGGAUGACCAGGAGAGCCAUGCUGCCAAGCUCCUGGAGGUCCUGCUGCUGCAGUACAAAGGAGAGAUCGAUCAGUGUGUGCCGUUGUUCAUCGAGGUGGUCAUGACCAGACUGACCAAGGAGGUGAAGACCACAGAGCUGCGUCAGAUGUGCCUGCAGGUGGUGGUGGCGGCACUCUACUACAACCCUCGGCUGCUAAUGGAGACGCUGGAGAAGAUGACCAUCCCCAACACCAACGAGGCGGUCACCACACAGUUCAUCAAGCAGUGGCUGCAUGACACGGACUGCUUCCUAGGGCUUCAUGAUCGUAAGAUGUGCGUCCUGGGCAUAUGCACCUUGCUGUCGCUACCCAACCUGCCGCCAGUGGUCAUGGAGUGCUCGCAACAGUUCAUACCCGCUCUGCUGCUGCUGUUCAGGGGGCUGAAGAGGGCGUACGAAAGUCGAGUGCUCGUGGAGGAAGAAGAGUCUGAUGAAGAAGAUGAUGACAGCGACUAUGAAGAGCAAGUGCUGGACAGCGACGAGGAUGACAUAGAUGAAGAAGGGGCCGAGUAUCUGGAGCACCUUGAGAAACUUGCCCAAGGAAGGGAAAACGAAGAUGAGGAUGAAGAUGAGAUGUAUGAAGAGACGGUCUUGGAAGGAUUCAACACCCCUCUGGAUGAUGAGGAUGGUCCCUUUGAUGAUGAAUACAUGCUAUUCAAGACUGUGCUCACCAAUAUCCAAGCCAACAGUCCGUCAUGGUACAGUGCCCUGACGUCGCACCUUAACCUGGAGCAGCAGAAUGACAUGGAGGAGAUUGCCAAGAUGGCCGACCAGAGGAAAGCAGCAGCCGAUUCCCGACAAAUCGAGAAGCAAGGCGGAUACAAGUUUCAGGCACCGAGCGUCCCCAAGAGCUUCAACUUUGGCAGUAUGUCGUAGUCGGAAUUCAGUAGCGUACCGUUCUGAAUCUUUCAUUCUUUGAAAUACUAAUGAAUUUCGGGGGUUGGGG